CAGGAUCUCAGGCUCUUACCCAACAUAACCUGGGCUACAACAUCUAUGAGAACUAUUGCGAUGCAAGGACGACUUCGGACGCCAUGUUAGAGCUGCUUGCAGGCAGUGGAUGCAAUAUUCCCAAUUAUCACUGUGGAGAACAGAAUCACCUGCUGGCUGUUCUUGAAGGAGGCAAUACUGUCAUCUCAAGAAUGAUUUCAGCCUUGUCAGGCAUCUACAAAAUCCCACAGAUCAGUUAUGGCUUCACUGCCCAGGUUCUCGAAAGUAAAACCCUGUUCCCUUUUGUCUACCGGAUGACUCCCAAAGAGGAAAGUCAGUACCAAGGGAUUGUUGAAUUGCUCCUGUAUUUUGGAUGGACGUGGAUUGGCAUCUUCACUCCAGACAAUGACAGUGGAGAAAGAUUUGAGAGCGCUGUGAAAUCUCUGAUGCUCAGCAAAGGGAUCUGCAUUGCUUUUUCAAAAAUUAUACCAGAAAAUGAUAUAAAACAAUCUAUCAGGCCUGGGGAACCUUUUUUCCUAUGGAGACAAGUUGGGGUAUUUGUUUCCUAUAUAACCAAUGCACUGGGUGUCAUGAUACUCCUGGCAAUAAACAUGGCAUAUGAGAAGGAAAUAGGGGCGAAAGUCUGGGUCACAACAGCUUUGCUAGAAAUCAGAAUUGGCUUUCACCUCCCUCCAGAUAUGUUCCAGCACCUCCAUGGUUCUCUGUCCUUUGCAAUUCAGACUGGAAUAAGGAGCAGCAAAGGUGACAAAUUGCAGACCAAUCUUCUGGAUUAUUUGAAUCAAGCAUUUCCGUGUUCAUAUUCAAAGCAUCUGUUGUCCGUGAAAGGCAGGGUAAGAUGCAGAGAGGAGGAGAAACUGCAGCCAUUGCCCCAAGCGGAGCGUGAGAGAACCCUGUCCCUAGACAGCUAUGGCACUUACAUCCAAUGUUCAAGUUGUGGCUCAGGCCUUGCAUGCUUCGCUUUCAUCUAG